AUGAUGGCCUACUUAGGAUUUUUCACAUCGGCAAUAGUAUCAUUUUUUCAAUUCUUCAUCAACUACAUAAGAACUGUUUAUUUGGCUUUCAAAUUAGAUGGCCCAAAAGCUGUUCCAUUUCUGGGAAAUGUUUUAUUACUGAAGGAUGAAGAAGAAAUGGAGGCGGUUGGUACCCAUGUAUACGCAAGGCAUGGACCUUUCAUGAGAAUAUGGGUUUCGAUUCUUCCAGUAAUUUUCAUCUACGAGCCCAGUCAUCUUAGAGUCAUUCUGGGCACUAACAAGUAUUCGGAAAAAAACAUUUUCUAUUCCAUUCUGCAUAAUUUCAUUGGUGAAGGACUGAUCACGAAUAAUGGAGAUAAAUGGAAGCGGAACCGAAGACUGAUACAACCGCUUUUCCACGUGAAUAUUUUGGAAACGUUCAUCGAAGAAUUCCAAAAUUCAGCCGAAAGAUUUGUUGAUAAAUUAGAAGGAGUUACCGAUACUAAUAUAAAAAUUUCCACCUUCGUUAAUGACUGCGUUCUGGACAUUCUCCACAAUACCGUACUAGGAAUACCUGUGGAUAAGGAUUCACCAUAUAGACAGGGCGAGGUACUUUUAGUAACAAGAUUAGUGAGACCUUGGUUACUUCUGGAGAAAAUCUUCAAGCAAACCGAAUCAGCUGAUAAAGAACAACAACAAAAAAGAAGUUUGCAUGAGUAUACGAAAAAAGUACUUUCACAAAAAAGAUCGACGAAUACAUUUUCCAAAAAAUGUUUAAUGGAUAUGCUUGUUGAAAUAGCUAGCAACAACAAGGAAUUCACAGAUGAAGAUUUGAUAAACGAAACAGUGACUUUCAUGUUAGCAGGACAAGAUUCAGUAGGCGCUGGAAUAGCAUUCUCCUUGUUCUAUCUCGCUAAAUAUCCAGACAUUCAACAGAAAGUUAUUGAGGAAUUAGGAACCAUUGGAACUAUAACUGGUAUGAAAGAAUUGAACGAAAUGAAAUACUUGGAACAAGUGAUAAAAGAGACUUUGCGGCUAGCACCAAGCGUCCCAAUCUUGGCCAGAGUACUGACAGAAGAAGUUGUUUUAGAUGGAAAAACGUUCCCUUCAGGAACCAAUUUAUUAAUUUCGCCCUACAUCACUCACAGACUUCCUCACGUUUUCCCAAAUCCACUGGAGUUCAACCCAGACAGGUUUUCACCUGAAAAUUUGGAGAAAAUGCAUCCUUAUGCCUUUUUGCCAUUUAGUUUAGGACCAAGGAACUGUAUAGGAUAUAAGUUUGCCUAUUUGGAAAUGAAAUCAGUACUUUCUGCUAUUGUUAGAAGGUUUGAAUUAAGUUUGAAACCGGGGUAUGAUAGUUAUCAAAUGAAAUAUAGAACAACUAUUAGAGCCAAAGGAGGAAUAUGGCUACAAUUGAAAAGAAGAGAGAAUGUUAUUCGAUAA